AUUCGACACCCACAAGGUAUUUCAAGUCCCAUGGAAGUGAGAUGCUGAUACUAAUGAGGACAGAUGCAGGGUACAGGCGAGAUGGCUUCUCUCUGGAAUACAAGAUUGAACCAUGUGGCGGAUGUUCAUCCCCUACAAGCAGCUCCGGCCCGGCAUGUCUGGACACACAGACAUACACGUGUAGAGGCCGAUACACUACCAGCUGUGGAUUCUGGGGAUGGGGGCGAUGCUCACGGUACAGACUGAAUACAUGUUACAGGCAAGUGAAAACAUGUUGUAGUGGAUUCAGACUCAACGGCAGCUGGUGUUACCGCCGAGUCUCAACACCAACACCAUACUGGAAACUCGGCAAUCAGCGCCAGACGAAUGUGCAGUAAACGGGCUCCCAUUACACAACAUGGUCUGAUGUGUUAUGACUCUUCAAUGUAUACAAUCUAUGAUCUUGCGCAGUAAUACUUGAAUGUAUCUACUCAUGUUUGAAGACUGAUGUGUUGUGAACUGUCAACAUGUACAAGCUUGUAUUAGGCAUGACAUCUGUACAAUAAUGUAUGAAUGUUUCUACCUCUUGGUUACCCAGAAGGAUACGGUGCUAUUAUGAAAACGAACCAAAUGAACCCAGGAGCAAACAAGUAAUAUUACUCAUAACACCGACUUACCUAAUUGCUCAAGCUUAGACGAUCCGCAAUUAUACAACUUUGUUUGGAUGAUAUUCGUAUAAAACGAUUGUAACAAGAUAUGUCACCUGUCAACCUGUGUGACUUUUGUAUAGAGUGAAUGUACCUACUGAUGUGAAUAAAAAAAUGUGGAAAAAAAACAAAAAAAACUCGGCAAUCAGCUGAUUUAGAAAAAGUUUCAAGUUGAUCAAUAAGGCAAAUUGUCUUCAUACAGUACAAUAAGUAGACACGGGAUAUGAUUGUAUCAUCUGGAAUUAUGUUAAUUAUGUAACUUACUGAGAGAAAAAUAUAUUAUGUCUGUUUGGGCAACCAGCUGUAUAAGUGCUCCUUUAAAGUGCUCUUUUAAGUGCUCCUUUUGACAAAUAAAUAUUUGUAAAAUAGAUAAACAUUGGGAGGCAGAGCAUGAAACAUAGUACAUAAAAUAGUCCCACCGUUUGUGCAGUAUUACUGAUUAGAGUAUCUGAAUAUAUUGAGAGUUCAUUAUAUCGUAGUUAUUACAUGUGCUUGUAUACACGCGGUACCAGGGAGAAGAUUUAAUUUCCUAGAUGUCAUAUAUAAUUACAAAUACACAUUAUCGUUAUUCACUUGUAAAUGAUUUACUAAAAAUGUUGCUAUCAUUGUUAUUAAUUCAUUAUCCAUAAUAUUUAACAUUAAAUAUUGUGUUUAUUCUCAAUACCGAGUGUUAGUGCGCAAAUUAGUCACAUGCUCGGCGGAAGUUCCAAACCCAAGUUCUUUCCAAAUUAUCGCCCUUGGUCUUUUUUUCAUCCACCGAGUUACAGAAAUAGAUAGUUUAUAGCCAAAGACUGUGUGGCCACAGGACCAUGGCUUGCAAUAUUUAGGAAGAGGCUGCAUACAAAAUAAACCAAAUUCUAACUGAGGGCGUGAUGAAUAUUUACCGACAGAUUUCGUAUAACAUCAAUGUUAACUGAACCUAAUAGAGAGACAAAUUUGUGGAUACUGGGAUUUGCAUAGAAAAUGUCAUUGACAUUAAAAGAUAGGUUUCUGUGUAUGUAUGAUAUUUGAAUAGCUUAUAGCAAUUACAUUUGCUAGACAUCUACAAAAGGAAGAUAUGUUUGAAAGUACAUAAUCUUUAAGGGUUUGACUUAUGGACAACAAUUCUUUAUGUUUAUUCCAUAAAUAACUAUAUCCACAUUCAUUUAGCAACCAUUUAACAUUACAAACCUAAUUUUUAGCUCCAUGGCUUACUUGUAUAUUACAACGUCAACAAUAAUUUAUUGGCAAUCUAUCACACGGCAUCUUUAAAAUUUUAAACCAAUAUUUAGUUAUUCUAGCGUACCAGAAGACAUCUAGAGGAUACAGAUUAUGAUAUAUCUGAUAUCUAAUUGUUUAUUCCUGGAUUGAGGUGACGUGAAUUGAAUGUGGUGAAGUGAUUGUUUGCUACAUGUAUUGCUACACUUAUUUGUCAUCAUUUUCUACAGUUUAUAUAAUAUCUAUGAAAUAAAUAUAUAGGUUUACAAGUAAA